GCAAAGUCCGGGAACAGACACGGAAAUGGGGGGUGAAGAAACGCGGGGCGCCCGGGAAGGCGCCUACGAACGCCUCCAGCCCUACAGUCGAAAGAAAUGCAGCCCUGAAGAAGGUGCAUCCUUUCUCAGCAAGAUAACAUAUUCCUGGUUUAGCAGAGUUAUAACUUCAGGCUAUAAAAGACCAUUGGAAAGGGAUGACCUGUUUGAGCUAAACAAGAGUGAUUCGGCCUAUGUUGUAUGUCCUGAUUUUGAAAAGCAGUGGAGAAAGGAAAUUUUAAAAUCAACCAAGGAGAUAAAGACCUCUUCCUCUAAAGAAGUGAUUCGAAAAUCGAUUUCCCAAAAGCCAUCUCUCCUUUCCCCACUGUGGCAUACAUUUAAAUUUAUGUUGAUCAGAGUCACUGUUCUAAAAGUUAUAGCUGAUUUAUUGGCCUUUACAAGUCCACAGAUUAUGAAAAAAAUGAUUCUACAGUUUGAACUCCAUUCUGGUUCAUACUGGAAUGGUUAUGGACAAGCAAUUGCUCUUCUUGUUGUGGUUGUUUUGCAGACACUUAUCCAGCAGGUUUACCAACGUCAUAACAUGCUUACUGCUGUCAAAAUUAAGACUGCACUUGUUGGCCUAGUAUACAAAAAGGCCUUAAAUUUAUCCAGCUCUUCACGACAAAAGUACACAACUGGAGAAAUAGUUAACCUCAUGUCAGCAGAUAUCCAGCAACUUAUGGAACUGACCAUCAACCUCAACCUCUUGUGGUCAGCCCCUUUCCAGAUCCUGUUAACCAUCCUCUUCCUUUGGCAAGAACUGGGUCCUUCAGUGUUAGCGGGUAUUGGCGUGCUACUUUUGCUUUUACCUAUCAAUGCAUUUGUUGCUGCCAAAGUGAAGCAGCUCAAGAAAUAUCAAAUGAAGAAUAGUGAUCGACAAAUUAAAAUCCUAAGUGAAAUUUUGCAUGGAAUAAAGAUUCUCAAACUAUAUGCAUGGGAGCCUUCAUAUCAGAAAAAGAUUGUGGAACUUCGGGAACAGGAAAUAGAUGUUUUGAAGUCCUCUGGGUACCUGACAACAUUCUCUAUGCUGACAUUGACGUGCAUCCCUUUUCUGGUCUCUCUGGCUACCUUUGGAGUCUAUUUUCUAUUGGAUGAAGAUAAUGUUUUAACUGCAGCGAAAGUGUUUACUUCUAUCUCUCUGUUUAAUAUUUUACGACUGCCUUUGUUCGAUUUGCCCACAGUGAUUUCUGCAAUAGCUCAGGACAAACAAAGCACUAAAAACAUAUUUUUCUGUAUGUUUUUAGAUACAGGGAUAAAUUCAGUAUUUGUUUCCUUAAAUAUUUCCAGACUGACUCUCGAUAUUCCAGAAGGUUGCUUGGCUGUUGUGGUGGGCCAAGUUGGAGCAGGAAAAUCUUCUCUGCUUUCUGCCAUUCUUGGAGAAAUGGGGAAAAUGGAAGGAAUUGCACAGAGAAAAGGUUCAGUGGCUUAUGUGUCCCAGCAAGCUUGGAUACAGAAUUCCACAUUGCAAGAAAACAUUCUCUUUGGCUCUGAAUUGAACAAGCACUAUUAUGAAAGGGUUUUGGAAGCCUGUGCUUUGCUGCCAGACUUGGAACAAUUACCAGUUGGGGAUCAAACAGAAAUUGGAGAAAGGGGAGUAAAUAUAAGUGGUGGCCAGAAACAGAGAGUAAGCCUGGCUAGAGCUGUGUACAGCAACGCUGAUCUCUACUUGCUGGAUGACCCCUUGUCUGCUGUAGACGUCCAUGUUGGGAAGCAUCUUUUUGAGGAGGUGAUUGGGCCCUCAGGCUUGUUGAAAAACAAGACUCGCAUUUUAGUGACACACAACCUGACACUCCUGCCUCAGUCAGAUAUCAUAGUUGUGAUGGAAGCCGGUAGAAUUAUUGAACUGGGGAGUUAUGCAGAGCUGCUGUCUAAAAGAGCAAACUUUGCAGAGCUUGUUCUAGCCUUUGGUGGAGGAAAGGAUAAUGAAGAAACCCCCUCGAUGACAAAACCAAAAGGAAAUACUAAAAUCAAAGACCAUAUAAUACCAAAGGAAACACAACAUCUGCAGUGUAAAGAGAAGAGUAUGUUCUCCAUGAAGAAAGAAAAAGUAGCUACUGGUACAAUGAAAUUCUCAAUUGUUUUGAAAUACCUACAAGCCUUUGGCUGGUCGUGGAUGUGGUUAACUACAGCAGCUUACUUGGGUCAAAAUGCUACAGCCAUAGGACAAAACCUGUGGCUGAGUACAUGGACAACAGAAGUAAAACAAAUCAAAGACUUUGGCGAAUGGAAGCACUUAAGAAACCACAAGCUCAGUAUCUAUGGGCUCUUAGGUUUCAUACAGGGUCUUUUGGUUUGCUGUGGUGCAUAUGUGCUUACUAGAGGAUCUCUCUGUGCCUCUCGGGCAUUGCAUCAUCAGAUGUUAGAUAGCGUGCUGCACCUUCCACUCCGGUAUUUUGAGACUAAUCCUCUUGGUCAAAUCAUCAACAGAUUCACUAAGGACAUGUUUAUAGUUGACAUACGUUUCCAUUACUAUCUACGGACCUGGCUGAAUUGUACACUGGAUGUUCUUGGAACAAUCCUUGUGAUUGUGUUUGUAUCACCUCUGUUCAUACUGGUGGUAGUUCCACUUGGAUACCUAUAUUUCACUAUUCAGCGCUACUAUAUUGCUAGUUCCCGACAAAUCCGACGGCUGGCUGGAGCGUCACAAACACCUAUAAUUUCACACUUCAGUGAAACACUCUUAGGUGUUUCUACUGUCAGAGCAUUUGGACAUCAAGAAAGAUUUAUUAAUCAAAACAAAGAUGUGAUCAAUGAGAACCUGGUUUGCUUCUACAACAAUGUGAUUUCAAACAGAUGGCUGUCUGUCAGACUUGAAUUUCUGGGCAACUUGAUGGUGUUUUUCGCUGCACUGUUUGCAGUGUUUGCUGGCAGCAAGGUGGAUUCUGCAGCAAUAGGAUUAUCAAUAUCCUAUGCAUUAAAUAUAACUCAAAGUUUGAAUUUUUGGGUUCGCAAAGCUUGUGAAAUUGAAACAAAUGGAAUUUCUAUUGAGAGGGUUUGUGAAUAUGCCACAAUAGACAAAGAGGCACCCUGGAUACUUUCCAAGCGGCCACCUGUGGGAUGGCCCAAUGAAGGAAUAAUACAGUUUGUCAGUUACCAAGUUCGAUACAGGCCAGAUCUAGGCUUAGCUCUACAAGAUAUAUCAUUUCAAAGCUGCAAAGGAGAGAAGAUUGGGAUCAUAGGAAGAACUGGAGCUGGCAAAUCAACUUUAACAAACAGUCUAUUCAGAAUACUAGAAAGAGCUGGAGGCAAAAUAAUCAUAGAUGGGAUUGACAUCUCAACAAUUGGUUUGCAUGACCUGCGUGGCAACCUUAACAUUAUACCACAGGAUCCAGUUUUAUUCUCAGGGACACUGAAGUCCAACUUGGAUCCACUUGGAAAAUAUUCAGAUUUUGAACUGUGGGAAGCCCUGGAAUUGUGUGACUUGAAGAAUUUUGUACAGUCACUCCCAAUGAAACUUCUACAUGAGAUCUCUGAGGGUGGCGAAAACUUGAGCGUUGGACAACGACAGCUUGUGUGCUUGGCUCGUGCAUUGUUAAGGAAGACAAAAGUGUUGAUCCUGGAUGAAGCGACAGCAUCUGUUGACAUUGAAACGGAUAAUCUAGUGCAAUCUACAAUCCGGAAAGAAUUUCAUAACUGCACAGUACUGACCAUUGCCCACAGGCUGCAUUCCAUAAUGGAUUCUGAUAGGGUGCUUGUUCUUGACUCAGGAAGAAUUGCUGAAUUUGAUACUCCAGGCAGAUUGUUACAACAGAAAGGCAUGUUUUAUGAAAUGGUAGCAGAAGCUGGAAUACAGCAAAACAGAGACAGCUAAUUUAUUAUGAACACUGCAUGCCUGUUUCCCCCUGAAUUUUGCUGUAAGGAUAGUUGUCAUUAUUUGUUUCAUUAUAUAAUUUUAAGAGAAGAAAGUAAUGGACCUGCUAGAAAUGUAUGCGUUUAAUACAAGGCAUAUGUUCUUGCAUAAAUCAUUCAUGUUAUUUUUGCUAAAAUGAUUUGUACCAGAUGUUUAGUCAUGGGAUAUUCAUGGGUAUGUCUUUGUGUGGUUUGGAUAAGGGUUCUGGACCAUCUGCUAUAUUUUAAUGGGUCUUCUUAGCUACAUUAAUUUCUAGGGGUAUAAUUAGUUUCAUAUAGGGCAGUAUACAAAGAGAAUGCUAUAAGAAUCAUUAGAGUUUCCUUAGAAUCUAAGCUAGGUGUGGGUAUCUUUUCACUACCUAAAGCUGCACUGUGGGUAGAAUGUGCCAGAAUGGUUAGGGACAAAAGCAGAGCAAGUAGUGGGCAUUACCCCUUUGCACAUAUGUGUGCAUGCUAAAUGUGUGGUGUAUCCUUUUAAAGUGUGAAUCCAAUAAUGGGCAUUAUCCCUGUGCACGUGUGUGUGCAAAAUGUGUUGGGUAUCCUUUGAAAGUGUGAAUGCAGCAAGAUCUGCUCAUCCAAAGUGCUCCCUCUCUGGCAGGGCACACCUGUUCAAAGCAUGGAUCAGGUGUGAUCACCCCUUUCAAAGGACGGCUUUCUCCCUACCUGGGUGGGGAAGAGGUGACUUGCUAUCCAGCCAGAUGGGGAAUAUUUUUUGAAAGCAUUUUCUGGGGCCGGGACAAACUCAGAAACCCUAACCCCUACCCCUUAGAGUAGGAGUGGAAAACCACUUUCAGUCCAAGGGGUGAGCUGAUUCUCAGGGAAGCGCUCUGGGGCUGGAUUCCAGUGGUGGGUGAGGUCACAAUCAAAAGGGGUAGGUCCAAAAAUACGCACAUCAUUAUAUUGCAGUUUACAGCACAGACUGCCCAUAAUUAAGUCUCAGAAGAGACAUUUGAACCUUUUAAAAUGAGUGUGGGGGGAACUGCAAAAAAGCUAGGAAAUCACCAAAUCAUUGGCAGUGGAAGGAAAGGAUGUGGCCUAUAAAGUGUCAGUUUGGCCCUUAGGCCUCAAGUGCGCCCCCCCCCCCCCCAUUAGAGAACAAUGUCUGAAGGUAACACAAUUUAUUCAACAGUUUUAGGCCAUCCAUGGUAGGAUAUGUAGCUGCCAUACGGUUUAGCCCCUGAGCUCACACAUGACACAAAUCAUUUUUAGAGCAGAAAACUCUACAUGCACCUCUCUGGGUCUUUUUUCACUUUCAUGGUGUUGGGAAAUACAAAGGCUACAUUGACAGAGGUGACUGCAUCUAUGCUAGGGCUUUGGGUUCAGUAUCUACUCCUAAGUUAAGUCACAUAAGAUUUAUAUAGCAUUUUAACUGGCUGCAGUAACAAGGAGUUGCAUAUAAAAUUAUAUUAAAUUAUUGGGUGAAACUUAGAUUCAAGUAAGCCCCCUUCUCCUCUUAGGGAUAGUCCUUGAGGAAAAGAACACUCUUGAAAUGAGUUUGUUAAGUCCUUAGUGUUGAAAUUAGGUUUUUCCCAAGUAUAAGAAGUUAGGGGUGGAGCUUAUCAAAAGAUUUCUGAGACAUAUGCUGGUAUAUCUUUACAGAUGGACACAGCAAGUAUAUCAGUUUGUAAAAUCAUGUAUAAGAAUUGCCUGUACAUUCUAUUUUACCUUGUGAUGUAAAGGGUUUGCAGGAGACAGGAUGUCUUUUCCCAGAGCUGCUAGGAAUAGGGCCUUUCUUCAGCUGCUCCAUAUCUGGAAUGCUGUCCCCCAGAAGAUUCACCUGGCACCUUCUUUAUACUCUCUUGGUGCGAGGUGAAGACCUUCCUUUUUAAAAAAACAUUUUAAUUAAUGCCAUUUGACCUUUGUUUUGUAAUCCUGUCUGUAUUUUAUUG